UCAAAUCUCAGUUUACCAUCCCAUUCUAUUACUUUCUUCUAAGAAAACGAAAUUUAUUAAUGUCUUUGUCUCCUCUCCUUCCAAGGCCCCCACCACCUUUCUUUCUUUGAGGAACAAGACCAAACUUCAAGCUUUCUGAAACAGAUUUCAUGGCUAGCUGCAACUCUCUCUCUUGGGAAAUUCAUCAAACAUAUUCACAGCUAUGAGGUCUAAAACUCAAUCUCCCACUAACAUCAAGCUCAUCCUCCUCUGUUUCUUCUUCCUCUCCCUCUUUCUUCUCAUCAUCUGGUCCAAUUUCACAUAUUCUCACCCAAAUUCAUCACCCAUAUCAGAAAAACACCUUGCCAAUUCUACAAGCUUGCAGCCUGAUGAUCAAGAACAAUCUUCCUGUUCCUCUUCCUCUUCCUCUUCCUCUUCCUGUCCAUCUCUUCCCUUAAACCCAACAUGCACCAAAACCCCACCUUCUUUGGCUAAUGCUCUCGUCCAUUACGCAACUACAAACAUAACUCCUCAACAAACCCUGAAAGAAAUCUCUGUAACCUUAAGAGUUCUGGAGAAAAAAUCACCCUGCAACUUCCUAGUCUUUGGCCUUGGCCAUGACAGCUUGAUGUGGAUAUCUCUAAACCAUGGUGGCCGCACAGUUUUCCUUGAAGAAGACAAGUCCUGGAUAGAGCAGAUCAAGGAGAAAAUACCCAGUUUAGAAUCCUACCAUGUGAGCUACGACACCAAAGUGCAUCAAGCAGAUGGGCUGAUGGAGACUGGAAUGGGAGAAGAAUGCAAAGUGGUGAGUGAUCCAAGAUUCUCCAAAUGUCAACUUGCACUCAAGGGGUUCCCUAGCGAUGUGUAUGAUAUAGAAUGGGACUUGAUCAUGGUUGAUGCUCCAACUGGUUAUCAUGACGAGGCGCCAGGGAGGAUGACGGCGAUUUACACGGCGGGGUUAAUGGCGAGGAAUAGAGAGAGUGGAGAGACUGAUGUGUUUGUUCAUGAUGUGGACAGAGUGGUGGAAGAUAAGUUUUCUAAAGCUUUUCUCUGUGAAGGUUAUUUGACGGAGCAAGAAGGGAGGCUCAGGCACUUCAUUAUCCCCAGCCACAGGACUCGUUUGGGCAGACCCUUUUGUCCUUAGAGGUUAUUCUUUUUUCCCCCAUUGGGGGUUGGGUUGGGUACGCCUCUAUUUUUCUUGUCUUAUAUGAUUAAGAGGGUAAAGGGUAUUUUUUUUUUAUUUUUUUUCUUGUCUUAUAUGAUUAAGAGGGUAAAGGGUGUUUUUCUUUUAUUUUUUUUUAAUUUCCUAAAUUUUUAGGGUGGAUGAGUUGAAAUAUUAGUAAGAUUCUCUUCUGAUUUA